AUGUCGCCAGUGGAAGACAGAAGACAAGGCAUUGUGUCACUCAUCUCUCUGGCCGUGCUAUCAUAUGAACGCUACUGUACAAUGAUGGGCUCCACGGAGGCUGAUGCCACCAACUACAAAAAGGUGGCCGGUGGGAUGGUGAUAUCCUGGGUCUACUCUUUAAUUUGGACUCUGCCCCCGCUAUUUGGUUGGAGCCGCUAUGGCCCAGAAGGUCCUGGGACCACCUGCUCUGUAGACUGGACAACCAAGACAGCCAAUAACAUCUCUUACAUCAUUUGCCUCUUUAUUUUUUGCCUGAUUGUCCCCUUCCUGGUCAUUGCCUUCUGCUAUGGUAGGCUGCUGCAUGCCAUUAAACAGGUCAGUGGUGUGAACACACCCAUGAGCCGCAAACGAGAGCACCGGGUUCUUCUCAUGGUGAUGACCAUGGUGAUCUUCUAUCUGCUCUGCUGGUUGCCUUAUGGGAUCAUGGCUCUUCUGGCCACUUUUGGAGCCCCAGGACUGGUGACUGUCGAGGCUAGCAUAGUGCCCUCCAUCUUAGCGAAGUCCAGCACGGUCAUCAAUCCCAUCAUCUACAUCUUCAUGAAUAAACAGUUCUACAGGUGUUUCAGAGCUCUUUUCAACUGUGACAAACCCCAGAGAGGUUCCAGUCUGAAAAGUUCUUCAAAGGUAACUAAACCUGUUCGGCCUGGACGGGGCACAGACAACUUUACUUUUGUGGUUGCUUCAGUGGGACCCACAGCGGUGCUCAAACAGGCAAACCCAGCGGAGGAUGGCCCUAUGUCAAAAGAUAAUGCCAAACCUGCAGUGGUCUCCCUUGUGGCCCAUUAUAACGGAUGA